UAUUAGGGAAGUGUGACCGUUUCAAAUAUAUAAUCACUAAUGACAGAUGUAUGCCCUUUGGCCAUCAGUAACUGACCAGAAACAAAAGACAAAAGCACAUAUGCUAUAUCAAUUAUAUUGGCAAUAAGUACCACAUGUGUCUGGGAGAUAUGACCUCGGGAACUGGCCAGAAACAAAAGACAAAGCACAUAUGCUAUAUCAAUUAUCUAAGCACUCAGGACACUCUGUGUCUGGGGACUCUUGACCACAGGAACAUGAUCAGGGACAAAAGCAUAUACAAAUUAGCAACAUAUGUUUAAAUGGUAUCUAGUCUAAUUAAUUAUAAGUUGAGGGGGAGUGUUAAAUAUGGUAAUAUCUAAAACUUAUAAUUUAAGCAGACCCAAUAGCAGUGCAGAUAGUUUUGGGGCGUAAUUUAGGCCUAGCCAAUCGCAAAAACAAGGCAUCUAUGGGCGGUAAUACAGGAUGGCCAUAAAUACAGCGUACCAUGAGACCUGGACAAUACAAAAGUUUUAUUCACAGAAACAUUUUUCUGACGAUAAAAAAACAAGAUGUCUCAACACAGCGCUAAUAGCAUGUUUAACAACUUUGGGGACAUUACAGAUUCUCAGUUAGCGGCUGUUAUGGAUGUUGUAUUACCACCAUUGCCCUAUUCACAAACAGAAGAUAUUUUAGGACUAACAGCUAGAGACCUAAACAUUCUUGACUGUGCAACUCUAAAAGAGCCCGACAUUGAGAUCAUUGCGCAUAAUGUUGAGAGCCGUGCAACACACAAAAAACCAUCACAGACUGAAAAAAUGUGGCUUUAUAAUUCGUUUGAUGUGGGAGCAUGAAUGGCAUGAAAUGCUUGAAAAGGAUGAACGGCUUAAAGAAUUUAUCCAUAAAAUGCAGUUUCCAAUACCCCUGGAUCCCCGUGAUGCGCUUUAUGGCGGUAGAACAAACGCUAUCAAACUGUAUCACAAAGUAGAGGAUGGUGAAAACAUAAAUUAUUAUGAUUUCACUAGCCUUUACCCCUUUGUUAAUAAAACCAAGACCUAUCCAGUUGGGCACCCAAAAAUAAUUUACGAAAAUUUUGGUUACAUCAAAAAAUACUUUGGUCUUGCUAAGGUCAAAGUAUACCCACCAAGGGAUUUGUUUUUUCCAGUCUUACCUAUGAAACUGAACAAAAAACUCAUGUUCCCUCUCUGUUACACAUGUGCUUUGAAUUGUCAGGCAGAACUAUGCACACACUCUGAUGAGCAGCGCUCUCUGACUGGUACGUGGACGACUAUGGAACUAGAGGUAGCUAUAGAAAAGGGUUACAGAAUAGCACAAAUCUAUGAGAUCUGGCAUUUUGACAAUUCCAGCAAUGACUUGUUUACACAAUACAUUAAUCUACACCUCAGGGACAAACAAGAAGCAUCAGGUUAUCCAAACUGGUGUACUGAUGCGGCCAAGAAAAAACAAUACAUUGCCGCAUUUUAUGAAAAAGAGGGCAUACAGUUACGUGCUGAUAAGAUAGCCGUAAACCCUACAAAACGUCAAAUUUCCAAAUUAUUUCUCAAUUCAUUGUGGGGCAAGUUUGGCCAGAGGUCUAACCUACCACACACCAGCAUUGUCACAGACCCCGAUGAACUUUUUAAGUUAGCAUUUCUGCCUUACUAUGAACUUUCUGAGGUUAAUUUUAUAAAUGAUGAGACAGCUGCUGUAAAUUGGAAAUACAGUAAGGAACGGUACACAAUCAAUAAAAACACCAACAUCUUUAUAGCCUGUUUUACUACAGCAUAUGCCAGACUAGAAUUAUACAAACUUCUAGACAGGCUACAAGAAAGGUGCCUCUAUCAUGACACAGACUCUGUUAUUUUUGUGAGUAAAGAAGGUGACUGGAAUCCACCACUGGGUGAUUAUCUGGGUGAACUGACCAGUGAGGUGCCAAAUAACACACAUAUCACAGAAUUUGUAUCUGCAGGGCCCAAGACAUAUGGUUACAGGCUUAACACUGGUAAAACAACCUUGAAAGUGAAAGGCAUAACGCUCAAUGUUGCUAACACCCAGGUUAUUAAUUUUGACAGCCUGAAAGAUCUGGUUCUGGAUUACCCACACAAUACAGAUGUUAAGACGCAAAAGACAAUAGGAACAGAACAAUCUGGUAUUGUCAGAAACAAGAAACGUUGGCAGAUAGAGACCAGGACACUACGGAAAACACAAAAGUGUGUUUAUACAAAGAGACAGCUGUCAAACGAUUUUACAACAUUACCUUUUGGCUACUAAAUAGAGGCCAUGGAUACACGGCUUCAACAUCCAUUCUCCUGUAUUUUAGCAGGACCAUCAAAUUCAGGGAAAAGUUAUUUUGUAAAACAGCUAUUAGUCAAUGCUGAGACACUUUUGUCACACAAACCUGAUAAUAUUGUUUGGUUUUAUGCAUGCUGGCAAAAAUUGUAUGAUGAAUUAUCUUCUUCAUUUCCCCAUAUUAGGUUUAUUGAGGGUCUGCCUCAAACAUUUAUGGAUGAUGAUUUGUUCCCUCCUGGUAAGGUAAAUUUGACAAUUGUUGAUGACCUUAUGGAAAGUGCUAGUGAGAAUGUUGAAAUAGAAAAAGCAUUUACCAAGUAUGUGCAUCACAGAAAUUUAAGUAUUAUGUAUCUUGUGCAAAAUGUGUUUUGUCAGGGUAAGAAAAGCCGGACAAUAAACUUAAACACCAAAUAUAUGGUGCUUUUUAAAAAUCCGCGUGAUAAGUUACAAAUUAUUACACUGUCACGACAAAUGUACCCUGGAAAAACACGUUUCUUUUUAGAAGCUUUUGAGGAUGCAACAAGUCAACCCUAUGGGUAUUUACUAGUUGAUUUAAGAUCCAACACCCCUGAGGAACUCCGGUUAAGAACGGGUCUAUUCCCACCAUCCCUACCAGCGGUGUACGUAGUUAAGAAAAAUUGCUCUAAAAAGUAAGUUUUUUCAUUGUUGUGUGCAUUCUUAAUACUAUAUGCAUUGGUGGUAGGAUGUCUAGCAGACUGCGUCGCAACUGGGCCCUUUUAAAAGCCCUUGUGACCGCUAGAGCAUCUGAUAGAAAAUCUAUUUUACGAAAAGCCAGUAAUGAUUUGAUAGCCGCCAUUAGUGAAAUUGCUCUUAAUGUGCUUAAAGGGCGAAUACCUCUAAAAAAGCCCCAAAAGAGCAUUCUAAAGAGGUGGCGAAAAGCUAUAAAAAAACUAAGUGAUAAAAAAUUUCCUAUCAGAGGUAAAAAAACGGCUUGUGACACAGACAGGGGGUGUCAUUGCUCCUCUUUUGAGUUUUGCGAUUCCGUUAAUAGCUAGCUUGUUUGGUAAUAAGACUGCUAGCUAAUCAUAAUGGAAAAUGCUGAUAAAAUGUACCUGGUAUCCAAGCUUGAACUUGACAGGCUAAAAAGACCCCUUCCCGCAGUACCUGACAUCCGCCAGAGUGUUACACAGCGUUUAGAUACUGAAAUCAGUGAAAUUUUACAUAGGAAUGACUUAUCAGAUGAUGAAAAAAUUAAAAGAUACACAACUGUGUUGCAGAGAUACUUGGUAUUUGCUAAACAGGAUGCAAAGGAAUUGUCAACUUUAACAUUGCUAAUGCCUAAUAGUACACAACAAACACCAAGUGCCAUCAGUAACGAAGAUAAUGCUGUCCCAGAAAUACUAAGACAUGUAAAUGUCCGUUUCAAGAAAAAUGCAGAACUAUUGUUAAACAAACUGCGACAGGCUGGAGAAAUCACAUCUUGGAAUGAAAGAGGGGAAUUUAUUUACAAAGGUAAAACCCUCCCUGGCUCCAACAUGUUGGACUUGGUACGCACUACCACACAGAGUCACGGAAUGAUCAAAAGCAAAAUGCCGCAUGGCUGGGAUUCUUUUAUGCACGCCAUGGCUGAAUUAAACAUCCCCUCUACAGUUGUUGGCAAUUCAACUACGAGAUCACUUCUGGACAAUGUAAAAAUACAGUUACAUGGGGCUUCUUCACCGCUGAACACUAUGUCUCUUGGACCUUAUAAAAAACAAGCUUUAACAACCGCAUCACCAGGAUUAACACAGGGUAGUUUACUUCCAAAGAAAAGAGGUUUCCCUUUGUUACAGACAACCUGGUUGACGCUGUAAAUAUUUUGUAACACUGUAAAUACAUGUUGUGUUUUAAUGUGAAUAUUGAUUGUAUAUUACAUUUUUGUUUCUAUUCAUACUGUUUACCAUUCUACUGUAUGACUUGUUAUUUAAUAAAGAGAAUUUAAUGGAUAAAAA